AUCGUCAGUCUUGCGUCAUCAAUCGGUCAUGUAGCUAGCUUAGCUAGCAACACCUCGCAACGGAGAGAGAGCUUGGUCGUUCCAAAGCCGGGAUGGCGUGUGAGACGAGCGAAGAGGACAUUGUUUCAGAGUACCUGGUCCAGAACCCACAGCUGGCCCAGUGGGUCGAUACUCUCAGGACCUACUGUGAGAGCAACAAACAGUGGGCUGCUCGGAGAGAGUUCAUCCUCAGAAACAUGGAGGCUUCUUCUUACACCACCACACUGGAGCUCGGAGUCCCCAGCAGCAGUAAUCUGGACAAGCUGCUCUCUCUGUCCAUGGUCUGGGCCAAUCACGUGUUCCUCGGCUGCAGCUAUUCGCAGGCUGUGAUGGACCGGAUCAAGGAGAUGGGUGAGGGGAUAGUGGUCACAGAUGCCCCCGUUCGCAAAACGACAAAAGAUGGAAUCCUGGCCAGAGGAAAGCGGACUGAGGGUGGCGCUGACGGCGCUGUGAAAAGAGCCAGAUGUGGAGCUCCGUGGCCUGCGAGUCAGAAAUCCGGACCUCGUCCACAGGCUCCAGCAGAGCACCAGCCCUUCUUCAACCGCCUCUACAAGGCGGUGGCCUGGAAGUUGGUGUCGGCGGGGGGCUUCGGUCCAAACUUGGACCAUUUUGAAAUACUUUGCAGCUGCGUCGAGUCAUGUAAAGAGACCCUGACCAGUGUGUUUGUGCCACUGAAGGACAUCGACGGCCUCCCCGCGGGUCGCACGCAGAAGGAAGGCCACGUGUGCGAGAUCCGCUGUCAGACUGUGUACAUGGGGACUGGAUACGGGCGGGACGAGGCCGCCGCCAGGGCCAUGGCUUCCAAAGAGGCCCUAAAAGUCUUUCAGGGGCGAAAAGUGUCUGUAAAGAUCUGCAGACGGAGGUUCAAAGGGAGAGAAGUGGAGGACUUAAUGUUGUUGGACGAACAGCCUCGGAGUCAGGGCUCUCCUCCUGCUCUCAGCUACCCUUUUGAGGCCGAGCAGCAGGAAGACGCUUCCUCAUAGAGCAGACGGUUUGUGACAUUCGCCCUGCCGUGGUGCCUGCUGGGAGCAGAGACGAGUGACGUCUACUGAAUGGAGCUACUGAAGGACUUCGUGACCGUGUCGGGGAGCAGACUGUUGAGCAUUUCCCACAAUACUUUGGUGUCAUAAUGCAGCUGGCACGGUGUAAGAGCAAUGUACACAUAGCUGAAGAUGAGGAAUAAGUCCAGAUGUUGUUUUUGUUUUUCAACUUAAUUGAUGUCAACAUUAAUUUCUAUUUCUUUUUUUUUAACAAAUGUACCCGCUAACCGUUUGCAUUUUAGGAUUGUUUCUGUAUCGGGUUGCGAUUACAUUCUCAUUUCUACUGACCCAAAUGUUAGUUGAUAAAAGUUAGGACAGUUAUUUAGAGGCACCAGCGUUUAAUUCUCAUUUUUCUACUUUAAAGAAAGUGUGUUUCUUCAAUCAAAGUAUUGCUUCAAAGAAUUGACUGACUAGUUUGAGGGUUUUUUUACAGUAUGUUUCAGGAGGCCAACUACAGUACCCAUUAUAUGAUAUAUUAUGAAUGCUACUGCUUUUAUUUGUUUUCUUUAUUUAACUUCACUGAUUCAAGAGAAAGUGAGACCCACACAACGCUGGGAUGUGUUGGAGAGUCAGUUCAUAAAACAUGAGACAGUUUGACACCGUGUGCACAGCUGCAUGUGUCUGAGGGUGAAGUGCUGCUGUGGUUUCUUUGAGUUCUUUCUUUGUUCCUGUUUGGUUGAAGGUGAACAGGGUUGCAUUGAGGUGUGAGUUCCCACACUGUUCCUGUGUGUUACUGUACGUUUACACCAGUGGUUCUGUUUCUAAAUAUAUUUUUAAAUAAACAAAAUAAUUUAACCGCGUAAAGUUUUAUUUGGUUUCUACCUGCAGAUUCACACAAAAGACUACAGCUAAAGAAAAUGAUAAUAAUUUGGAUCCAUAAGUAGAGUUGUGUCGCCUCUUAUUAGCAGUAAUUGGCAAGUUCAGACAGCAGCCGAGCAGGAUGACUCCGCUCCUCGUUAGAGACGCUUAAAUACCAGCUCCGAUAAAUAAAGAAUCCUAAAACUCACGCUUGACCUCCCACAGUAGAAACUGAGCUAUUGUUUGUGUCAGCAGGAUUCCUCCGGCCUCAUCAGCACAGUUCACCGGACUUCAUCCACACGGCUGCACCGGGACUCCUUUCACUCCGUUGGACGGUCUGAACACUGAUCUGUGACGCGGGCCUUAGAGCAGCGGCGGCGGGUGGACGCUCGUUUUUAUUUCAACGUCCUGCGUGAUUUGGGAAUGGAACAAAGUUCCACCGCUAGAGACGGCCCUGCCUUUGUGUGAAUUUGAGGCCGGUGUGGCUGUGAGAGUUCAAACCUUUUCAUUUAGAAACUGAUUUAGUUUGACCUUUUACUUUCCCACAUUAUUGACCGCGCUAUUGAAUUCUACCAACAGUCCCCUUUAUUAUUUAUUUGUCAAUCCAUCAGUUGGAACACUGGAUGUAAACGCCAGUGGUGGAAGAAGUAUAUUCAGAUGGUUGUUUUUAAAGAUUUCUACUUGAUGUAGAAU